CUUUGCCACAACUGUGGGGAGCUCCCGCGCCGCACAGGGCUCUCUAGCGUUGCGGUGGCUCAGGAGAUGCUGGAGCGCGAUGCCCUGCUGCUCCACCUUGCUCACUGAGCUCUGUGCGGGGAGCCCGAGGGAGGGCGGGGGGCGCAGACUGCGGUAGAAUGCGAGCCUGGCACCUCUGGCGCCGCGCGACGUUGCUCGAGCGCGGUCAGGUGCUGCUCGCCGGCCGUUCGCCGCUCCACUAACUUGAUACUUGCUAGUGACUGGUCUCCGAAGCUUUCCAGGCUUUGUGGUGGUGGGGGGCGGGGAGAGUGGGGAGUUAAAGGGUCUGCGGUAGCCGAAGGAGGGAUCCUGAAAAGGGGAGCCUGCUUAGUGCAGCUCGUCUUCCCCUCCCUAGCUCCCCUCCCCCCACCCCAUCGCUGCCUCUUUCCCUUCCGCCAAUUCGGAGAGCUUCGGGCGCCUGUGAAAUGCGAUCGCUGCCAAGUGACAGUCCCCGAGUCUGAAGUGCCCGCGAGGAAGUGAGCGCCAACGCGGGCCGCCAGCGAUGACAGCCAUGAAGCAGGAGCAGCAGCCCACAACUGGGGCCAGGGCGAGCCAGGCGCAGUCCGCGGACCAGGAACUGGGAAGUAACAGCCCUCCACAGAGAAACUGGAAGGGAAUUGCUAUUGCCCUGCUGGUGAUUUUAGUUGUAUGUUCACUCAUCACUAUGUCAGUCAUCCUCUUAACCCCAGAUGAACUAACAAAUUCAUCAGAAACCCGAUUAUCUUUAGAAGACCUUUUCAGGAAAGACUUUGUGCUUCAUGAUCCAGAAGCUCGAUGGAUCAAUGAUACAGAUGUGGUGUAUAAAAGCGAGAAUGGACAUGUCAUUAAACUGAAUAUAGAAACAAAUGCUACCACAUUAUUAUUGGAAAACACAACUUUUGUAACCUUCAAAGCAUCAAGACAUUCAGUUUCACCAGAUUUGAAAUAUGUUCUCCUGGCAUAUGAUGUCAAACAGGUGUUUCGUUAUUCAUAUACUGCUUCAUAUGUGAUUUACAACAUACACACUAGGGAAGUUUGGGAGUUGAACCCUCCAGAAGUAGAGGACUCUGUCUUGCAGUAUGCGGCCUGGGGGGUCCAGGGACAGCAGCUGAUUUAUAUUUUUGAAAACAAUAUCUACUAUCAACCUGAUAUAAAGAGCAGUUCAUUGAGACUGACAUCUUCUGGGAAAGAAGGAAUUAUUUUCAAUGGAAUUGCUGACUGGUUAUAUGAAGAAGAACUUCUUCAUUCUCACAUCGCCCACUGGUGGUCACCAGAUGGAGAAAGACUUGCCUUCCUGAUGAUAAAUGAUUCAUUGGUGCCUAACAUGGUUAUUCCUCGGUUUACUGGAGCAUUGUAUCCCAAAGGAAAACAGUAUCCGUAUCCUAAGGCAGGUCAAGUGAACCCAACAAUCAAAUUAUAUGUUGUAAACCUAUAUGGACCAACUCAUACUUUGGAACUCAUGCCACCUGACAGCUUUAAAUCAAGAGAAUACUAUAUCACAAUGGUUAAAUGGGUAAGCAAUACCAAGACGGUGGUCAGAUGGUUAAACCGACCUCAGAACAUCUCCAUUCUCACAGUCUGUGAGACCACAACUGGUGCUUGCAGUAGAAAAUAUGAGAUGACAUCAGAUACAUGGCUCUCCAAACAGAAUGAGGAGCCAGUAUUUUCAAGAGAUGGCAGCAAAUUCUUUAUGACAGUCCCUGUUAAGCAAGGGGGCCGUGGAGAAUUCCACCACAUAGCUAUGUUCCUUGUCCAGAGUAAAAAUGAUCAAAUUACCGUACGCCACUUAACAUCAGGAAACUGGGAAGUGAUAAAGAUCUUGGCAUAUGAUGAGACUACACAAAAAAUUUACUUUCUGAGCACUGAGUCUUCUCCCAGAGGGAGGCAGUUAUACAGUGCUUCUACUGAAGGAUUACUGAAUCGUCAGUGCAUUUCAUGUAAUUUUAUGAAAGAACGAUGUACAUAUUUUGGUGCCAGUUUUAGUCCCAUGAAUCAACAUUUCUUAUUAUUCUGUAAAGGUCCAGGAGUCCCAGUGGUCAGCCUACAUACCACGGACAACCCAGCAAAAUAUUUUAUAUUGGAAAGCAAUUCUAUGCUGAAGGAAGCUAUCCUGAAGAAGAAGAUAGUAAAGUCAGAAAUUAAAACGCUUCAUAUUGAUGACUAUGAACUUCCUUUACAGUUGUCCUUUCCCAAAGACUUUAUGGACCGAAACAAGUAUGCUCUACUGUUAAUAAUGGAUGAAGAACCAGGAAGCCAGCAGGUUACAGAUAAGUUCCGUAUUGACUGGGAUUCAGUACUUGUUGACACAGAUAACAUCAUCAUUGCACGAUUUGAUGGCAGAGGAAGUGGAUUUCAGGGCCUGAAAAUUUUACAGGAGAUCCAUCAAAGGUUAGGUUCAGUGGAAGUGAAGGACCAAAUAGCAGCUGUGAAAUUUUUACUGAAGCUGCCAUACAUUGACUCCAAAAGAUUAAGCAUUUUUGGAAAGGGGUAUGGUGGCUAUGUUGCAUCGAUGAUUUUAAAAUCAGAUGAAAAGCUUUUUAAAUGUGGAUCAGUGAUUGCACCCAUCACAGACCUGAAGUUGUAUGCCUCAGCUUUCUCUGAAAGAUACCUUGGCAUGCCAUCGAAAGAAGAAAGCACAUACCAGGCAUCAAGUGUGUUACAUAAUAUCCAUGGCUUAAAAGAAGAAAAUAUAUUAAUAAUUCAUGGGACUGCUGACACAAAAGUUCAUUUCCAGCAUUCUGCAGAAUUAAUCAAACACCUAAUAAAAGCUGGGGUGAAUUAUACUAUGCAGGUCUAUCCAGAUGAAGGUCAUAACAUUUCUGAGAAGAGCAAGUAUCAUCUCUACAGCACAAUCCUCAGAUUCUUCAGUGAUUGUUUAAAGGAAGAAAUAUCUGUGAUACCACAGGAACCAGAAGAAGAUGAAUAAUGGACUCUAUUUAUAUAGAACUGAAGGGGAUAUUGAGGAUCAAUGAAAUCUAACCUAGAGACUGUAAUAUUGUAGAUGCUCCAGAAUUUCAAGGGCAGCUUAUGGAGAUGACACUGGAACAGCACACUCAGAGACGAUAAACUAGAAUUUGAAUAAAGAAGUCCAAGUCUACUGUUUUGCCAAGGGUGCAGAACCUAUUUCUUUGUGUAAGAAAGAAAGGUCAGAGGGUUGGUUUCUUGGGAGAAGUUAGUUUUGCAUCGAAGUAGGAAUAGUGCAUGUUUUCUUCUGUUAUCCCUUAUUUGUUCUAUAACUAGUUGUUCUCAGUUUAAUUUCAAUGUCCACCAUCAUCUUUGUGUAUAAUGCACAACUUAUCAGCACUACAGACCCUGAUCUUUGAUGGCUGAGCUGCAGUCUAACACUCUACUGUACCUGUACAAUAAGUGCAAAUCUUUCAUUGUCUAUUAUUAUGCUUAAGAAAAUAUUCAGUUAAUAAAAUCAGAGUAUUUUAUGUAAUUUCUAUUUACAAAAAGGCAUUAUUAAGUGGGUCAAAGGUCAUGUAGAAAUAUGGAUUUUGGCACCUUCCAAAAUUCAACCAGUUAUCAGUAGAUAUGAUAUCUUUAAAUCAACGCAUGAGUGUGUGUCUCACAAUAUAUAUAUACACACUCAAUAAAUCUAUCUUUACAUGUUAUUCAUGCUACAAAGGAUAAACUUUUGCUGAAUUAGAAGAAAUGCUCUUUUACAGGCUAUAAUGGAUGCUUUGUUUAAUGAGCCAAAUAUGAUGAAACAUUUUUUUCCUAUUCAAAUUCUAGCUAUUGCUUUCCUAUAACUGUUUGGGUUGUGUUUGGUAUCGUUUUUAGUGGUUAAUAGUUUUCUAGUUGCAAUUUAAUUUUUUGGAUAUGAUACCUUGUCACAUGUAAAUUAGAUACUUAAAUAUUAAAUUAUAGUUUCUGAUAAAGAACUUUUGUUAACAAUGCAAUGCCACUGAGUGCUAUUUUGCUCUUUUGGUGGAGAAGGCUUUUUUAAAAAUACUAGGUCCUUUUACUUCUCUCUCUCAAUGCAGAAUCAAUUCUCAUUUUCAUUUGUAAAAGCAAAGAGCUGGAUUACUUCUUUUCCCAGUUCCUAUUCAGUAUUCCGUGUCUGCCCAAUUCACCUUUUACUGUAUAAUUUAAAUACUUCUGGUGAGAAUUAAAACUGAAAUUUUUCAUUCAUAGGCCAAAAAUUCACAGACAGCAAUGUUUGCUGUUUAACUUGAGAUUAAGGCACAAAAUGCCUUAAUUCCUAUGCUGUGUUGAUUUACAGUAGUAAGUAAACUACUAAGUAACUGAGAGUGUAAAAUAAACUUAACUGUAUGAAAUCAAUUUAAGUCAUGAAAACAUUAAAUUUGGUGAUUAAAAUCAGAGUAUCUUCUCCCUUCAUAUAAGGGAUUUGCAAGAUGUCUAAAAGUCUGUAAAAGUUCAUAUGAAUCUAGGCAACAUAAUGUAUUUUAGUGGUUUUAAAAUUCCUUAUGACAGGCUGGAUAAUCAUGACAUCAUAACACCAGGAAGAAAUUUUAAAAUGUCACAGAAUUUCUUAGCAUACCUUCCUAUUUAGUCAAAGGAUCAACCAUCAAAUCUGGGUAUUUGAGAAUGUAUGACUCACUCAUUAUGGAGAUAUUCUGUUGUUCUGAAUGCUUUGCAGUUGUGUCUUUACUGCUCCAUUGAAUUUAUUUUCAAAUGGGAAAGGCUCUCUUUUCUGAACGACCCAUUUUAGGUCCUUUCAAGGAUAGUAAACACAUUUAAAAAAAUAAGUUGCAAUGUUUCCAAGGAAAAUUUUUCCUAUUUUAUUAAAAUGGAAAUUUCUUUUUAGGCUGAUUUGAAGUCCAACUGAAGCUUUUAAAUCAACAUUUUUGAAUUGCAACCACUAGAGAUUUUUAUGAUGAA